AUGGCGGACGAACGUUCGAGACAACAGCUCAUCAACCGCCGGACGACGCUCAUCGCUGCGCUAGGAAGAGCGGAACAAUUCGUCGAGAAAUACGUGGCGGAACGGGACAGUGGCCAGGUGAAACUACGUCUCGAGAGCCUCGAUACCGUGUGGAUGGGAUUGGAGGAUGUGCAGACCCAACUCGAGGACCUGGAACUGACCAACCAAGGUAUGGCGCAAAAUCUCGCUUUCCGUUCCCACAACGAAACCCGCUAUUUCCAAAUUAAGGCUUCUCUUCAAUCCUACCUCCCCAAUGUACCACCUUCGACAAACGCAAUUCUCCAAUCGUCUCCCUCUGGCCUGUCUGGAAUCAAACUACCAACCAUUUCCCUGCCGGAGUUCGACGGGGACUACAACAACUGGUUAGCUUUCCACGACACGUUCGUCGCUCUAAUCCACUCCAACCCCGACGUUCACGACAUCCAAAAGUUUCAUUACCUCCGUGCUGCUCUGAAAGGAGAGGCAGCACAGCUAAUCGAAUCCAUCGGCAUCAGCUCCGCCAAUUACCCUAUUGCAUGGCAAACCCUCGUCUCUCGCUACGCUAACGAAUAUCUUCUCAAAAAGCGACACCUUCAAGCCCUCCUCGAUUGCCCUCGAAUGAAAAAAGAAUCCGCCGCUGCAUUGCAUUCCGUCGUCGACGAGUACGAGCGCCACACCAAGACCCUUCGCCAACUUGGCUACCACCCACUCGAAACCGAACAAUCAUCCACCACCGUUCGCCCAUCAACGUACACACCGAAGCCCAUCGUCAAACAAGAUGCAGCACCCAACCGACGACCACCCACUUCCACGAAUGCUGUCAGUGAACAGACGUCCAACUCCUCGCAAACAUCGAACGCCAAUGUUUUGCUUUCGACAGUCGUGUUGAUGGUCCUCGAUUGUAAUGGUCAAGCUCACCCCGCACGAGCUCUGUUGGAUAAUGGAUCGCAAUCCAACAUCAUCAGCGAUCGACUAUGCCAGCUCCUCCGUCUCAAGCGAAACAAGAUCAACAUCCCAGUGUUCGGUGUCGGUGAGUCCUCCUCCAGUGUCAACCACUCGGUCAGUGCUACUAUCAGGUCGAGAACCUCCGAUUUCGAGAUUGGUUUGGACUUCCUCGUCAUGCCCCGUAUAACGAUCGAUUUGCCCGUUGUUUCCUCUCCUUCCAAUGACUGGCAUGCCCCGCAAGAUCUUCCGUUGGCCGACCCUACCUUCAAUAAGACCGGUGCCAUCGACAUGUUGCUCGGAGCGGAACACUUUUUUACAUACGUGAACCCUGGUACCCGGAUCGUAGAAGGUGAAAACCCGAUCCUCAUCAAGAGCGUUUUCGGCUGGAUUGUCACCGGUAGGAACCAAACGCCCCUGAAAUCGCCCCCCGAAGCAUGCCAUGUCUCGCUUUCCGAUCCACUCCAUGAGGCCAUGGAACGCUUUUGGCUUCUCGAAGAGGUAGAAAACCGCCCAAACUACUCGGUGGAAGAACAGCAAUGCGAAUCCCACUACAUUUCCAAUGUCUCACGUACACCGGAGGGAAGAUAUAUCGUCCGGUUGCCCCGUCAUCCAAAUUUCGAUCACAUGCUCGGUGAGUCGAAGUCUGCUGCACUGCGUCGGUUCUAUUCCCUGGAGAGACGGCUGAGCAGGGAACCCCAUUUAAUGGAAGAGUACCACUCUUUCCUAUCCGAAUACCUUUCGCUUGGACACAUGCGAGUUGUUCCACCGAGCGAAGAGGAACCGCAGCAGGUGCAUUAUUUGCCCCACCACGCCGUACUGAAAGAGGCCAGUACAACCACAAAAGACGAGCUACUGACACUAGUCCUCCGAUUCCGCAAGUACCCAAUAGCCCUCGUAGCGGACAUCGCGAAAAUGUAUCGCCAGGUGUUACUGCAUCCCGACGACACACCACUACAGCGCAUUCUCUGGCGAUUCCAUCCAGACGACCCGGUCACCACGUACGAAUUGUCUACGGUUACCUAUGGGCUAGCACCGUCAUCAUUCCUUGCCACUCGAACCCUGCAACAGCUCGCUGCCGACGAAGGAGAUGCCUACCCGCACGGAGCCCCCGCUCUGAAGAAGGGAUUCUAUGUGGACGAUUAUAUAGGGGGAGCGGAUACAGAGGAAAAGGCAAUCGAAACACGGGAGGAACUUGACGAACUGCUGGCCAAAGGAGGAUUCCAAUUGAGGAAAUGGGCAUCCAACAGCGAAAAGGUCCUGGAAGGACUCGACCCAUCGCGAAUUGUCACCCAACCAACGAUGAAAUUUGACCACGAAGAGCCCAUCAAAGCGCUCGGGAUCUGUUGGGAGCCCAGGACGGACCUGCUGAGAUUCGACUCUGCCCCUACUGUCGGAAAUGGUCCACCAACUAAACGUUCUAUUCUGUCUGCCGUUUCAAAACACUUCGAUCCCCUAGGUCUCACCGCCCCAGUCAUCAUACGAGCAAAAAUGUUAUUGCAGGAGCUCUGGCUGCAGCCUUGCGGGUGGGAUGAAGAGGUAUCCGACACUAUUCAAGACAAGUGGAACAGCUAUUGCACCGACCUACCGAAGAUUGUAUCCUACCGUGUUGAACGAUAUGCAUUUCUGCCGAAUUCCUACGUUCAGCUGCACACAUUUGCGGAUGCAUCCCAGCAAGCAUACGGCGCUUGCAUUUAUGCCCGUUCCACAGACGUCGAAGGUGCCGUAAAAGUCCGAUUGAUCGCUUCCAAAUCGAAGGUAGCCCCCCUCAAGCGAGUUUCCAUUCCCCGUCUUGAGCUAUCUGCUGCUGUGCUGGCUGCGCGGUUGCAUAAGCGGGUUUCCGAAGCAUUGGAUAUGCCUAUCACUGCUUCCCAUUUUUGGUCCGAUUCCACCGUCACACUUGAGUGGCUUCGAUCGCCUCCAUACACUUGGAGCACCUUCGUCGCGAAUAGGGUUUCUGAAAUCCAAACCACAACACAGGGAUCCUAUUGGCACCAUAUCGCAGGGAGAGAGAAUCCAGCGGACCUAGUCAGCAGAGGAAUGACCGUCGAAAAAUUCCUAUCCAGCAAUUUGUGGCACCAUGGGCCAGCCUGGCUAACAGCACCUGAAACGGAGUGGCCAAUUAAUACCCAGCAGCAGAAAACACCCGAAGAAAUCCUGGAGCGACGAAGAAUGGUGGCGGCUGUGCAAAAUAAGCCCGAAGUGAAUGGCAUGUUUGACACAUCGCUGUGCUAUAAUCGUUUGACACGAGUGACAGCAUACUGUCUACGCUUCAUCCAAGCUUGUCGUAGUGGUCGUCGUCGAACUACAUCGUCACCGUGUCCCGAGUUCGAUGUGAUAACGAAUGCAAUCACCGUUGAGGAAAUGUCAGCAGCCCGUAUGAAACUAAUCAAGCUAGCCCAAGCAGACGUCUUUGCAGAGGAGAUUAGGUACUUGGGGAAGGGAAAAGCGGUUUCCAAGCAUUCGAGCCUACGUCUUCUGAGCCCUUUCAUCGACGAUUCGGGAAUAUUGAGAGUUGGGGGUAGAUUGCGUUUGUCAGAUCAGCCUUAUAUAACCAAACAUCCCAUCCUCCUUCCCAAUUCCCAUCCAUUAACACGGUCAAUCGCCAUGCACUACCAUCUGAGGCUACUCCACGGUGGCGGCCGUGUGACCCUAGCGGCCAUUCGCCAAGAAUUUUGGCCGAUACAAGGAAGGCGAUUGGUCAACCACAUCAGAAUUACCCCGAGCCGUCCUUUUUCUGUCACUGGAGUAGAUUUUGCCGGUCCGGUCUACAUGAAAGCAAUCCACAAACGCGCCUCACCAACCAAGGCCUACAUCAGCGUCUUCGUUUGCUUCGUCACGAAAGCUGUGCACCUAGAGCUGGUGAGCGACCUCUCCACACCAGCAUUUCUCAACGCGCUACGAAGGUUCAUCGCUCGUCGCGGGUGCCCCACACACAUACACUCCGACAACGGAAAGAAUUUCGAGGGAGCCCGCAACGCACUACACGAAUUGUACCAAAUGCUACAGCGAGAGAAGGCAUCCGGAUUCAUUGCCACACACUGCUCAAGCCAGGGAAUCCAGUGGCAUAUGACUCCACCGAAGGCCCCACAUUUUGGCGGACUGUGGGAAGCUGCCGUCAAGGUGGCCAAGAAGCAUAUGUACCGUCAGCUAGGAAAUGCGAAGCUGUCUUUCGUCCCUUGA